AAGAUCUCUAAUCAGACAUUACAAUUCAUGUAUAAUCUGAUCUCAUAUACUAAUAUUUUCUUGAACUUGCUUUGCUGAAGAUCAGAUAGGAGUACUAAACUAUUAUGGGUGAUUCCUCUGCUUCAUACAUAUACAUGGUACAUCACUUAAUAGAGAAGUGUCUGAUUUUCCACAUGACCAAAGAGGAGUGCAUGGAUGCCCUUUCCAAGCAUGCAAAUAUCAAUCCUGUCAUUACUGCUACUGUGUGGAAUGAGUUAGAGAAAGAGAAUAAAGAGUUCUUUGAGACAUAUGCUCAAUCACAUAACAAAGAUUGCAUUACAGAGGAAGAGACAAGUGCAAUGAUUCAGAAAAUGAUAUUGGACAAUGAUCAUACUAAAGAUUCAGACUAAGAUCAUUAGAAGGAGUCACACAAGGAAUAAAAUAUAAACGUGCUAAAUUGAUAUAUUUUUGGUAGUAAUCUGAUAUAUUCUUCACAUGCCACUAAAUAUGCCCCUGCAUAUAUAUCCAGGUGCAGAUCUGUGAAAAAUUACAAUGUGUACGUAUAAUAAGAUCACACUCAUUUUGAAUACGCUCGCUAGCUCUAAGAUCAUGGAUUCGCCUGGCUAUAUCAAUGGAACUAUGGAAGUAGUACCGGGGGCGGAUCUAGAAUUUUUAUAUUAUGGUUCUGGAUCAUAAUCUUUUUUACUUGCUGGGUUCUAAAUAGACUAUUUAUACAUGUUCAAUAAAUUUUAUAACACAAAUAGAGGAUUUGAACCAAGCUAUUGGAUUCUACCGAACUCGUAGUUAUAAGGCUGCCUCCACCCUGAGUAGUACUAUGGUCUAUUAUUGAAAUGUUUAUUGUACUAUAUGUGUAUUAAAUCAGCUCCCAAAUCCCAAGUUGAGGAGAUAUAUCAGAGUAUUGUUCAAGCAAGUUGGUAUUAAUGAGCCAAAAUUAUAAAAGAAGGGUGGGUGAUUGAGACUAGACUUGUUAAUAAGGAGCUGCUAAGGAUGUGUCAUGGCCCCUUGGAAUCUUCAAUUGUAAUCUGUAAGGUGUAGUCUAGUGAUUUUAGGCCUGUAGCUGUCUUGUAGUGCUGUACAAGAUUUCAUGUGACUUGUGAUUUUGUUGUUAUUAAGCAAUUAAUGAAGUGUAACAUUGUGGGGGCUACUUAUUCAUUUUCAUGUCGCAAUCAUGCACCUUUGGAAUAUGAAUUCAGAAUAAUCGAGAUUAUGUAUUA